AUGGACAUGGACGAGACGCUGAUCGGCGAAGUAGACGUUUCGGAUCCAGACACGCAAGCCAGACUGCUCACCACGGAGUUGGAGGUACACGGGCUGACAACCUGGCUCUUCCCAGAUGAGGACGCUCUAGCCCGAUGGCAAGGUCCCUGGAAGCGGGGCGUCCAUGCUGACGCCUGUGCACAGCCGGAGGACACCCACCUAACGCAAGCCUUCGAUAGCCUCUUCAGCAAGCUGCUGCCUGCUGCGCGAUCCAGACAGAGGCUUCUACAAGUUGGGGAUCUGCGAGACUCGAAUGAGGAGGAUCCUGCGAGACUUCUUGUGCAGCGGCACGGUCUGCAAGGCAUGGUAGCAGCCGGCAGCAGACCGUCUGAAUCUCCAGAGACCUGGCGCCAGGGACCGCCACGAAGCGCAAUCGACUUUUCCCUGGAGGGCGGAACUGAGCUUGCCCAGCAGCUUGGUGAGUGGGCGCAGGUGGACGUGCUGCGCAUGGACCAGGGCUUGCCAGGUUCCUGCAUGCUGUUGAGAGGUUUGCUCAUCGGCGGCCUCUCCGCUCGCAUGAUUCUCAGCUUCACCAACAGUCAAUUCCCACCUCCGCUGCGCUACGUGGGCCUCGCCGAGGAGCUCCCUGAGUCGCUGCAAGGUUGUUCCCUGAGUUACCUGCAAGAUAUUCUCGAGAGAGAGGGGUUUCGACUCCAACUACUAUCGGGGCCAUAUGCAGCCUUCGUGCACGACAUCCUGCUGGGAACGCUGAACGCUGAAGGGCUUGCCCGUGAUGUCGAUGAGUUUGAAUGCUAUCGAUCCAGCCGCAUUUGGGGCUUUGAACCUGAUUUUCCAAUAGAAGUGGUGCGAGACUGGUUCUUCGGCAUCGCGAGCUCGCGUGCUGCGUCACAGGAGGUUCUCAGCCGCAGUUUCGGGAAUGUGUCUCAACUGGUUGGCCACCUACCGAUGGAGAGGAAGCCUGGAUACCUUUUGUACUCCUUCGGAAGAGACAGGAAGAAGGAUGCCUGGAGUGGCGAGGGCACCCCUGGCCCGGGCUACUAUUCCUUGGACUAUGCGAACGCGCUGGUCUGUGCUUCGGCUGCCAGUAUGGGAACUGCUGCUGCGCGGUCACACUGUAGCGACACGCGGCGAAGCAUGAAGAAGGAGAAGAGUGAUCCCAACACGCACUUGCACGUGAUGGAGGCCUGGGUGACUUCGACAGCAGCCGGUCCCAGUCCUCGUAUCGGUUUUGGGACAGAGACUCGCGAGGCGCAGGUCUCCGACCUGGAGCUCUUGCGAGCCUGUCCUGAGUCCAGGUACGGCUCCGGCCCGGGCCUGGUGUACCACCCGGACUACAGGAGAGUGCGUCCAGAAUCGGCUGGCCGAAGCUUUCCUCGCGACAAGUCUGGCGGCCUGGCCAGCAGCGCGGGAGGAACGUCUGGACAAGUGGCACCGUCUUCGUAUCAGCACCACGAUCAGGAGAGAUGUUCAUGUUGCAACAGUUUCCGAUGUCAUCCUGAACGGAAGGCCAAACAGGACCUGUCAUGUGGCAAAGGCUCAGCUCGUGCCGGGAGUCUGCUAA